AACGAUUCCCCUCCGCCUCUUCUCCCCCCUCCACUGAGGACGACUUGGUUUGUUCCACGCCGCGUCCUGGCUGCUGCUCUAUCCUGUCUGUCUUGACCGGAGUUUCGCUUCCGCGGACUGGCUGCUGUCACACAGCCAUCAUGUUGUCCCAUUCCCGGUGUUUCACCAGGAAUUUCAGCCGCUCCCUCUCUGCCCUUCGCCAGGGCAAUAAUGUGUUAGCUCGUCGGGCCACAGCAGCGCUGUCUGCCAGCCCCUCCAUCACUGUAAAAUCUGAACCCCGUUCCAGCAUCUUCCAAAUCCAGUACUUCAGGACAUCUGUUGCCUACAGAGAUGAAGUCGUCACAGUCAAGGCGCCUGCGUUUGCAGAGUCUGUCACAGAAGGGGACGUGAGGUGGGAGAAAGCUGUUGGAGACACGGUCUCAGAGGAUGAGUUGGUGUGUGAGAUCGAGACAGACAAGACCUCAGUCCAGGUUCCCUCUCCCGCUGCUGGGGUGAUUGAGGAGCUUUUGAUCCCUGAUGGAGGCAAAGUGGAAGGAGGAACUCCUCUGUUCAAGCUGAGAAAAGGAGCUGGUGCUCCAAAAGCUGAGGCCCCGGCCGCUGCAGCCCCUCCACCACCUCCACCUUCUGCCGCUCCGUCUCCACCUCCUGCCGCUGCAGCAGUGGGCCCCAUUCCCACCACUAUGCCCCCUGUGCCACCUGUGCCAGCACAUGCUAUGGACACCAAACCUGUUUCAGCCAUCAAGCCCACGGCCGCUCCUGCUGCACCAGUGGGUCAGGCUGAGGGGGCAGCUAAAGGUGCCAGGACAGAGAGCAGGGUUAAGAUGAACCGCAUGAGACUAAGAAUUGCCCAGAGACUGAAGGAAGCCCAAAACACCUGUGCCAUGUUGACUACAUUCAAUGAAGUCGACAUGAGCAACAUCUCAGAGAUGAGGCAGUCGUACAAAGAUGCCUUCCUGAAGAAACACAACAUAAAGCUGGGCUUCAUGUCUGCGUUUGUGAAGGCCGCUGCCUACGCUCUGGCUGACCAGCCCGCUGUCAACGCUGUCAUCGAUGACACGACCAAAGAGAUUGUGUACAGGGACUACGUGGACAUCAGUGUGGCUGUGGCCACACCAAAGGGUCUGGUGGUUCCUGUAAUCCGAAGCGUGGAGGGAAUGAAUUUUGCAGACAUUGAGAAAGCCAUCAAUGCACUGGGCGAAAAGGCUCGUAAAAAUGAGCUGGCAGUGGAGGACAUGGACGGAGGAACUUUCACCAUCAGCAACGGCGGCGUGUUUGGCUCCCUGUUCGGGACGCCCAUCAUCAACCCACCUCAGUCUGCCAUUUUGGGCAUGCACGGCAUCUUUGACAAGCCUGUGGCAAUCGGUGGCAAGGUGGAGGUCCGCCCCAUGAUGUACGUCGCUCUGACGUACGACCAUCGUCUGAUUGAUGGGAGAGAGGCCGUCACUUUCCUGCGGAAGAUCAAGUCAGUGAUUGAAGACCCCAGGGUCUUACUGCUGGACAUGUAAACCCUCCUCAACUCCAGACCCGACCAGACCCGCCGUCGUACAGCAGUGUCUUCAUUCACCCAGUGAACACUACCGUAACUGCAGAUGAUGUUUUUUUGUACUGCACACUAGAGAAAAAAAAGGGAUUUUGUGGAGAACAGUUUGGGUUUUAAAAACGGACAUUUGGUCAGACUGGCAGUGAGUUAGAGUAUCAGUGCUGUUGAGGAGCAGUUUCUGGGUCUGGGGGUUUCUGUGGUGGUGGUGUUGGUGUCUAGAUCAAAAAAUACACACCUAUGAUAUGUAUAACUGAUGUUUGCCAUGUGUCGUUUUCUACAUACAACUACAAUGGCAAUUAUAGUCCAAGCUGCUUGGUAUCAUUUCAUUAUUUUUGGUUGAGAGAAGAACAAUGAGCACGUAUUGGGCUGCAAACCAAGAAACACUUGUGUCUAAAGUAAUGAAAUUGUCAUCAGAAUUUCUGUCAUAAGCGGGAAAAAAAUGUCUAAAUGCUGUGUAAGAAAGAAUAUUUAAGAAAAGUUUUAAUCAAUAAAAACUGCAAUUCUCAACUCUAA